CAUCACCGAUCGGACAGCCAGCUUGUCUGCGUUUGUCGUCUUUCGCUCUUCACGUCGUGUGUGUCGUACAAGAAAACUGCAGCAGGCAACAGCAGCAUUAGCAAAGGUGUUCCUCUUGUUUAUUGCGCGAGAUCCGUGAUCCGUGAUUCCGUGACGCGUCGUUCCAAGACUCCGAUUCCGAUUAGGGCUGGAGCUUCUUCGUACUGACCCCGUAGUAAUUCAGCUUCUAGAGCAGUGAAAAUUUCCUGAUCCAAAUUUGGUGCUUCGUGAAAAUAUUCCACCCUCUCCUAUGAUCUGGUGAAAAGUGAUUUUUGGUGUUGUAGAUUAUACAGAUUUAGAUUUCUUGCAUUACUUAGAUGAAGAAUACCUUGUAGAUCUAGGUUUCUGUGUGAUUUGAGUGCCAAACGAAAAAGAGAAAAGGAAAAACGCUGAAAAGCUAUUAUUUUGGGAUUUUUUCGUGAACAUCGCAGUUCAGUAGUGUCCCAGUUUGGGUUUGUUUUUCUUUUGGUGCUUGCGAGCUCCGAUCCUCCCAUCAAUCUCUCCUGUGAAAGCGUAAGGGUUUCCCCAUACCCUGAAGAAAAGCACCGAAAAUUGCCCGUAAGUGUCCCGAGCCCCCGUCGGAUCUAGCACUAGAUUCCACCACCACCAGCAACACCCGCAGCAGUAGGCGAAACCUCGAAAUCACAGCUGCAAUUAUGGCGUCUCUGCUGGAGGAGGAGCAAAGCCUACGCGAGUGCGAGGCGUACAUCCAGACGCACCGGAUCCAGCGGGUGCUCAAGGAUUGCAUCGUGCAGCUGUGCGUGGCCCGGCCCGACAAUCCCAUCGCGUUCCUGCGGCAGUACUUCCAGAAGCUGGAAAGGGAACAAGCCAAGCUGGAUGCCAGCAAACAGGCUGCCAGUCCGGACGAUUUGGACGACCUGAGCCCGAUGCCACAGACGACGGUUCCGCCGGUGCGACGACGCGGCGGCAUCUCGGCGGAACCGGUCAGCGAGGAGGACGCCACCAGCUACGUGAAGAAGGUCGUACCGAAGGACUACAAAACCAUGGCGGCGCUGUCGAAGGCCAUCGCCAAGAACGUGCUGUUUGCCCACCUGGACGAGAACGAACGGUCGGACAUUUUCGAUGCAAUGUUUCCGUGCACUUUCCUGCCGGGCGAGUCGAUUAUACAGCAGGGCGACGAGGGCGACAAUUUCUAUGUGAUCGAUAUCGGCGAAGUAGAGGUAUUCGUUAACAAUGAGUUGGUAACGACAAUCAGCGAGGGCGGCAGCUUCGGCGAGCUGGCCCUCAUCUAUGGAACACCGCGUGCUGCCACGGUCCGUGCCAAAACCGACGUCAAACUGUGGGGUAUCGAUCGGGACAGCUACCGGCGCAUCCUGAUGGGCUCCACCAUCCGGAAGCGAAAGAUGUACGAGGAGUUCCUGUCGCGGGUGUCGAUUUUGGAGAGCUUAGACAAAUGGGAACGGCUCACCGUGGCCGACGCACUGGAACCAGUUUCGUUCGAAGACGGAGAAACGAUUGUGAGGCAAGGCGAACCAGGAAACGAUUUCUACAUCAUUGUGGAGGGAUGCGCCACAGUCAGGCAAAAGCGAGAUGAGAACGAAGAACCCGCCGAAGUCGGUCGGCUCGGCCCGAGCGACUACUUUGGAGAGAUCGCCCUGCUGCUGGACCGUCCCCGAGCGGCCACCGUCAUCGCCCGGGGUCCGCUCAAGUGCGUCAAGCUGGACCGGGCCCGGUUCGAGCGGGUGCUCGGCCUAUGCGCGGACAUUCUCAAACGAAACAUCACCCAGUACAACAGCUUCGUUUCGCUAUCGGUCUAAAUAUGUGGGUGGAUAGAUGGAGAUAUGGAGCAGAAGCACAGUGCUGAAUGGAAGGGGAAGAACAUACACUACACACACAUCACCUUACGAAUGGCGAAAUAUGGAGAAGAAGGUAAAAUUAAUGAAAAUUCAAACAAAAAAAAAAAAAACAAACAGAACGGUCAAGCGAACACAAAUUAUUUUUCAGAACCUAUGUUCAUUGCGUUUAUUAAAACAAGUGUUAUUUAUAAAAGCAUGAGGAGAAGAAAACAUAUUUUAUAUUUGAAAGCUGCGAUCGAAUACAUAAUCAAAAAGCAAAUAUCUGGAUAACAGCAAAAUCAGUUAUUUUUCAGUGAUAUCCCGAAAUGAAAACCUUUGAAUACAAUACAAUACAAAAUAAUAAUUGGAUAGUCCAUUUUAUUACUAACAAUUAAUGAAAUGGUAGAUAAAUGUAUGACGUACAGAUGGUUGCAGCUAGGGAAGGUUCAUUUAUUACGUCCAUCGUUUUUCGAAAUUUCUAGACCCCCCCCCCUACCCCCUCUGUCACGCUAUUUUCCUAUACCUUAUACACGUACUGUCACACUUUCGUAGCCCCCCCCCCCUUCCCCAAAUGUUGGACGUAAUUUAUGAACGUUCCCCUAUAGAUAGUAAAUCCGAGAAGAUGAAUCCGUUGUAUCCAAACGAUCUGUCAAAAUCUGUAUCCAAACAUAUGAGCAUGACGUCACGAUCCUCACAACAUCAAUGGAGCGGAUGACGUCAUAUUCAACCGUCACAUUCUUGAAAAAUACUAUUCACACGCAUGAAAUAUUUCACUCGCCGAUGUCCGCGUAUCUAUGUUUACUUUACUAUCUAUAGUUGCAGCAAUAGGCCUUUUCAUAUGACAGGUCCGUGCAUACAUUUGUUUAUAAAGGUUGAACAACAGCUACUAACACGGACUUGUCAUCUUCAUAGAAGAACACUGUCAAAGACCCGAAAAAUCAGCUGAUUUAAGACGUCAAAUGAAAAGGCACAUUCAAAAUUGUUUUGGUACCAAAAAUACUAAAUACCGUGACGUAUUAUAAGACAUAUGGUGAUUGAAAAUUUUGCAGUACAAUAAUAUGAAAAUCUACUUUUUGCCAAUAAACUUUGUGGUACAAAUGUACCAAUUUUGUUUUUUACUAUUCAUCCACCAUAACAUGUAUGGUUAGAUAUAGGUUGCACUAUACAAUUAUUGUUUUAUCGAUGUUUCGCAAUUCAUUGUGAAAUUUUUGAUGGGAUAUUUGCUUUUGGUAAUAUAUUAUUCAUCUCAUCAUGAUUUAGGCAAGGGCGGGCCUUGCAAUUCUUUCAAAUAUAUAGACACAAAAGUUUACUUAAUUUUUGUUUAGUUUCUAGCAUUAGCACAUUUCGACAUUUAAUUGCAGAUUACGGAUUAGUGAUUCUCUAAUAUACCUAUAAUCUAACGAUACAAGUAAUAUUAUUUAGUAACUAAUUACAAACACAUCAUCGACGAGCCGGAACGGAAAGGUGUAUGUGUGAUUUGGGAGAUUUUUUUCUAUAGGUAUCAUUCAAACACACCGAAAUACAUUGACAAGAAGAUGAACAAUUCGUUCUACUAAAUACUAUAGUAUAUACGAGGAAACGCCGCCGAGUUACUACCAACAAGGUUAUUCUAUUCUCAUCGUGAAACAUUCUUAGUGUGUACAAUACAAUCUGCUUGGAGUGAGAAGAGGAAGAAGCUUCACGCCAAUGAAGAUAAUAAAUACAGAAGUUGGAAGACAGAGGUAAACAAAAGUUGAAUUUUAAUGAAAGGAUUACAAGAAAGAGGAAGAUGAAAACAAAUCAAAGCUGCAGUAAGUAAACAAUAGUAACAAGAAAUAGAAAUACAGGCAAAACAAUUAAACAUGAUAAUACCUUUCAGCUAAACGUGACAAAAAAGAAACAAUUUACAAAACAAAUGGUGCAUUGCAAAAAUAAAAAAAAACGUAAAGGAAAACAAAGAACAAAACAGAUGUAACUAUCCCUACAAAAGAUGUUUUAUGGCCAAGUGUAUGCGUGUAAAUCAAAGUAAAACCAGAAACAAAUCAACAGAAAACACUACAAAUACGCGUCGUUAAUACAACCACCAUCACAUUUACUCUCCGAUGUACCACAAACACAAACACACACACACACACACACUGUCUACCUAACCUGUUGAUGGAAAUCUGUAACAAAAACUGAUGUCUGGGUGUGAUACAUAUGUGUGUGAAGUCGCGCAUGUUUCAGCUCUUACAAUUACAAAAAAAAACCUAUGCGCAACCGCAAAUGAGUUCGUUACAAGCAUGUGAGAAUGAUUAUCGGCGAUGGCCGACGGCGAAGAAAGUGAGAUUGGUCAAGCAGAUUGUGCGUGAGAUGCGUGCCGAGGUGAUAAAUGAAACUUGAAGCCAAUUUUUUAGUAGAUGAAAAACCUGAUGAAAAGGAAACUGUUUUAGAAGCACGCUUGCUCGUGGCAAACACGAGCUGUUUUUGAGUGGUAGUAGACGGGAUUGCCCUCGAAAGAGCAGAACCCGGUGGGAGGGAUUUGUUUGUGAGUAGAAACAGAAACUUAUGAGUAUUUUUUUUUCAGUUGGUGAGAAGGCGGUGAGAUGAUGAGAAUUGGAAUGAGUGAAGUUACGCGAGCAAGAAGGUUUAGUGAGCAGUAGACUCUUUUUUUCGUUUCAAACUAGCUUGAAGUAGGCGUUCUGUAGAACACGGUAGAGUUCGUAUACUUUCUCUCCAUUUCAGUGUUAUGUGUGGUAAAGGAACUUCGUUGGAGUGUUGUAGAACAGUUUAUGAGAUUGAUACAUAGUGAGAUGAGCGAUCAUAUUAGAGAAUCUAUACUGAAUGAAAGAUCGGUAUUUAAAAUCGAAAGAUGUUUACAAUACAUUUACUGGGGCUUAUUCUUACGACGAGUAAAGUGACGUUACUGCCAGUUCAUACAUCAAAGUGAGACAACUCACUUAAGUUUACUGGCUCACGAUGGAGUGUGAUUUGGUCUUGUAUGAUAUAAUUGAGAAACAAAAUACUUGAAUGCUCACUUCAUCAUACAAAUAAUCACAUUAUUCGGGUCGAGUUUUCUCACUCAACCUCAUCUCACUUCAUUCGUUGAAUAAGCUUCUACGAGUAAAAUGAGUGAGUGAGGAGUUAUUCUACGACAUAAAAUGAGGCGUGACAUCUCAAACUGAAGCUACUGAAAUUGAAAUUCGUGAUACGAAUUAGGUGAGGCUCAUAAUAGCGAGAAAUCCAUUCUUUUAUUGCCUCACUAAACAUCCGAUAUCAUCUCAUUCAAGUGGUUUUUCUCAAGCUCAUUUGUAUAAUUGGGUGAGCUGGAACGUGUCCAUUUCGUUUCGGUAGAUGUUCAACUCUAAUGAACAAAUUCUACGAGUAAGACAGUUUGAAUCGUACAUACAUUGAUGCGUGAAGUCUCGAUUAGUAUGAAGUGCCUCGUCGUGUAAAUCAAAGCUGUCUCGAAAUCUCACCGUGUGAACUUAAUUCGGAUUCGUCUAAUUUGAAUCGAGUUUCCGCACUUCUAUUAAUGAGACGAACUAUCUCACCACAGUCCACUCGUAUAUUGAUUUGAUUUUGAUUUGCGGUCAGGUAUCAGUACGUCGGCUUCAGAGGCACGUUCUCCUCGAUUUGGGAAAUUUGUGCCAUAAUGGAAGAGAUUUGUCAUCAACCAUUUGAUUUAUCUCAGUCUCACCUCAACUCGACUCACGGCAGAAUAAACCUGAAGGUGAUCCAAACUUAUUCAAAGCUAGACGUUCCACCUCAUUCUUAUCGAACAUAAGCACAACUUCAUUUGAUUUUGACUUGCGUACGGUAAUGAAACUUAGCUCGAGCCGAGUGACUUACCGUGUAAAUCAUGCGAAUAAAACUUUCUCAUUUCCACUCAUUAUACGAGUCGAGCUGUCUCACCUUACUUCACUCGUAGAAUGAGUCUACCAUAUUUAUAAUUCGCUUCAGAUUAUUCGACGUGGGGGGUAGAUGAGAAAAGUUAAAUAAGAUAAAAAAAAAUGACAUGAGAGAAUUGGCGUUGCUUGUCAUGACUGCCCGCCCUAUUCCAGUCGAGGUGAAGGCUGCUGUACCGAUUCUACUCGUAAGGUUAAAUAUUCAAUAUAAAAUAUCUUUCACUUCACUGUGUGAGACGAAUCUAUUCCAAGUGAGAGAAGUCGACUCGAAUGAGGUACUUCUUCCGUUUGAUGUACAAACAGGUUUAUGUUCGGAGGGCAGUGUAAAUUUCGCCAAUUUCGCUUCAUGGGACGUGAGAGGAAGAUUGUCAUCUCAUUCGACUUAUCUCAUUUUAACGACUCGCAGCAUAAUAAACCUAUAGGUGGUACAUUCCUGAUCACUUUACUCAAACUUCAAGUUUUGUCAACUUUUUUUUUAAUGAAAGAAGUGAGGUUUAACAUCUAUUCGUAUAUCAAAAUGCUUGACUCGGACUAAUGACCAUGUGAGUUGGGUUUUCUCACUUCAAUUGUUUAAAAUGCUCAUUCUACGAGUGGAGUGACAUGACGCAGCUCGACUCGUAUAUCAAGGUGGGAAAUUUCGACAUGAGUGAGAUGACUCUCCAUUUGAUUUACAUGGCGAGUUACCUCAUUCGAGUCGAGUUUUCUUACCUCAAUAUUUGAGUCGAGCUCCACUCGAAGAAUAAUCACAAUUUCAUUAGAAAUCUGUGGGUUUACUCUAUGGAAGGAGUGAAGUGUAAAGGGCUCACUUCGCAAACCGAAGUGAGAAAUCUUGACUCGAAUCGGGUGACUUGCUAUGUAAAUCAAAUGGUCGAUGAGUGACCAUGUGAGACAUAUUUUGUCACUGCUCGAACUGUCUCGUCUCAUUUACUCAUUAUAGCCUAGCGAUUUUUCACUGCACUUGUGCUUUUUUGAUGAGGGAAGGUUGUUGAGACUACUCGAAUGAGGUAACAAUUUGUAAAAUACAACUAUGAGCAGUGAUAAGUGAGAUUGUCAAAGUCUCUGUGUGAGACAAAUCUGUUUCUCAUUACUCCGCUCCUGGAAGAAAUUAAAAUGAGUUCAUUCGGAAGAACUAAGCAUUUGUGCUCAUUCUGCGAAUGGAGUGACGUGAGAAAAGUCGGAGUCGUAUAUCGAGAUGAGGAAUCCACUCUCGAAUGAAGUGACUCGCCAUGUAAAUCAAAUGGAGAGUCACCUCAUUCGAGUCGAGAUUUCUCACCUCGAUAUACGACUCCGACUUUUCUCACGUCACUCCAUUCGCAGAAUGAGCACAAUUGUGAUUAUUGUUCACCUAAUCCAAAUCGAGAUUCCUCCCAUCUCGCUACACGAUCCAACUCAUAGAAUAAGCUCCAUUGCGAAAUGCAGCAAUACGAACAAUGGUGAUUGAGAAUCAAACCAAGAGAAAAACAAACAACAUUGCACGCAUUUUCGCAAAAUCUCACAAAAAACGAAGCCCACAUUUCCCGAAUGCAAACAACCCGUGUGCUCGAAUCUUCUUGCUUUAGUUUCAAGAAUUUGUUUCCAUAUACUGUCCAUUGAAAUACAUGCAUGCAUAGAAAAAGUUGCUACAAGUUCUCGAGAAUUAGAACAGCAAAUAUACGUUGAAUCAUUUGUAAAGUUAUUAUAUUAGAAAAAAAAUCAGUAAUCGAAAGUAACUUUAUUCACGUUGAGAAGAUACACCACCACACACACACACACGCAGAGAUCAUAUAACGAACUGCUGUAAUAGUGUUGAAGAGCAAGCUAGGUUAUCUUAGCUUAAAAGGCUGGACCUUUUUGUGAAAAUUACGUAGAGAAGAUUAUCUAGGGUUUAUUCUAUACACAUAUAUAUUACGUACUAACUGAUGAUUAGAGAGUUCACAUUUUACUUUUUUAUAUAUUGACUAACUGAAUAGGGAAGGCAACUAAAGCAACUGUAGGAAAUCCAUCAUUCAUGGAUCAUCUUCGUUUAUGUUUCCCUUCAGUAGCACCACCAUUUGCUAACACUAUUGUACACGUCUCUUUUUUUCCCUUAUAGUAGUGGAUAGUAGACCUGAAUUGCGCAAAUUGAAACACAUUUUCGAUCAUUUCUACCCAUAUUAAAAAAAAAGAUUUUCGAGUAGUAACAACUAUAACAGUAGAUGCUUUUUUCUAUCUUUAGCAGAUUCAAUCCAGGCCUUGAAAUUGGUCAUCAAACCUUAACUAGGGAUACCACUUCUACAAGUAGCAAGAGUAUUAGAUCUUUCUCCAAUACAUUGUAACAGAAAUAGGCAAACGAAUGAGUAGACUCGCCGGUAGAAUCUAUAUUUCAUUUGCUCUUACCACACCCCUUAUUAUCACAUACUAGGCAGAGGCACGGCACUGUCAGAUUACCAUUUCAUUCUCCCUCCAAAUAAUCAUGAUCUAUAAUAGGCGAAACGCGACUAUACGAACGAACUAUCUAUACAUUGAAAUGUGCAUCUUUAAGGCUUCACGUGUGCUUUUUAUUCAUUAUGUUGGCACCUUUAACACUUAGUCUUACUCUUAGUUAUGUAAUUCCCUUUCAGGUCUAAUGAGUUAAUACAAACAAAACAUAAUUUAUAAACGAAUUAAAAAUGUUCUUUUUCGGGUUGUUGGAAAUUUCUUCAAAUAUCUAGUACGGCGGCGCAAAGAUAAGAAAAUCUUGUAGCAGUAGGCAUCAGCAGCAGUAGCUUGUAGAAUAAUUAGAGCGAGUUCUGCUCGAAUAGUUCAGAGAAGGCAAACAAAAAAAAACUGUUCAAGAAUGGUUUAAAAAUGCACGUUGGAUUAUUAUCAUUAUAACAUUCAGUUACGUAUGACUAACAAGUAACAACAGCUAAACAACAGAACGGCAGCAAAAAAAAAAAACUGCAAACAACUGCUAAACAAUUCUACAUGCAUAUGUAACCCGGUUCGUUUUACACAAAGCCUAGGUUCUAAGAUGAAUACGUACAGAAGCUAAUAAAGAUGAAAGAGAAUGUCCAAA